UCAAAUGAUAUCCGGGGCGGGAAACAGAAACGUUUUCAAAAUAUUGUAGCCAGGUAUACCUGAUACUUAAUUACAACAUCGUUCCGUUUUAAGACGAAACCGUCGAGGGUUGGCCUGGCCUCCAUAACCCGUCGAUUGUCGUGCUCUUGUACCUCGGUUACGGCCUUAUUCUCAGCUACGGCAAGCGCCGAAUGAAGAGCGCAUCGCCGUUCGGUCUCAGGGGUAUUUUGGUGUGCUACAACCUAGUGCAGAUCACCAUGAACGCCUACAUCCUCGCCGAAGUUCUCGCCUGCGUCUCGACGGGGAUGUUCAGCCCUUUUUGCGGCCGGUCGCAAAGGCUGGAACCCACGAAAACGAGGCUUGCGAGAGCGGUCUGGCUUUUUUAUCUCAACAAAAUGAUCGACCUGAUGGACACGGUGUUUUUCGUACUGCGAAAAAAAAACGAGCAGAUAACGUUCCUCCACGUCUAUCACCACUUGGCGAUGCUGAUGGCUUGGUACCUCGGGACGCUCUACACACCCGGAGGCCAAGCUUGGCCAAGCGUCGCCAUCAACGCCGGAAUACACGUCAUGAUGUACCUUUACUACCUGAUCUCGGCCCUCGGGUCAUCGUACCGCAAAUACUUAUGGUGGAAAAAAUACUUGACACAAAUUCAACUGGUACAGUUUAUCGUCGUUGGUUCCCAAGUCGCUUAUCUUCUCUACAGAGGCUGCGCAAAACCGAGAUGGCUUGCUCACGUUGCGUUUUUCUACAACCUCACCCUGAUCGUCCUGUUUCUGGGCUUCUACCGGCAGGCCUACGGCAAACCCAACCGGAAACGCAUCAUGGGCGGGAAUCGUUCGAAGGCCCGAGAAUCGGACGCCAAAUGGAUCGUUAGGCAGGACGAAGGCAAAAAACGAUCGUGAUCGAGGUUCCAGGAACACGGCGAUCGGGACACGGUUUCGGUUAUUUCCCCAGAUCGAUUACGUAUCACGCAACCAACGAUCAGUCGAGUCAUCAGGGCCGAUUGACGGUUGUUCGAAAUCGAUUUGGAGAGGAAAUAAAAAGCGGCAACUUAAUUACCGCUGGGAAUUUUUAUUCUCACGGUUGUACGUAUAACCGGAUACUUACAGUAUAAUCCUGGUUUACGAACUUAAAACGAUGUGGCUAUGAAUUUUCAGAGUUUUCGAUUUGUUUGUGCAAAAUUAUGUCUCUCAAAGGUCAUCCAGCCGGAUCAUGACGAAGUUGUGAAAGCAAGAUGUGUUCUGUCUGAAACAGCUCCUGCAACUUGAGCUCAUCGUGAUGUUUGUAUGUAUCAGCAAACUAUUAUCGUUGCAAACACUCGUCUCCGUAUCGUCAACAUAACCAUA